AUGAAUAGGAGCCUGAACUUGGAAAUCAUGAUGGUCUUCUUGGAAAAUAUUAGAGACAAGAACAAACCUCAAACCUCAUCUCAUGUGUAUCGUCACACUCUGAAAAAGAACGAGGUGGAAGAUGACAAUGCUGCAGAUGUGGAAGUGUCUGAGCUGGAGAAAUGCAGAGAACAUCUGAAUUCCAUACUUGCCCAUUGGGAUCCUGUUUUCCCAGCACCACCCUCCACACAAGGAGGGGAGACCCUCAGACCCAGUGAACCUGAGGCUGAGGCGGUGGCUGUCACCUGUGCAUCCACUCAUGUUGUCACGAAGUGGCUGCUGAGGUCCCUGGCUGGGCAGAGCCUCCUCAGGGAGCAGGAUGUGUCACCAGCGUUGAGGUGGCUGCGGAACCGUGUCCUACCGCACCUGGCAGCCACGCAGGAGAUGCUCAGGGAUGAGACAGCAAGGAACAACCUCUUCAAGCUUUACAGCAGGCUCUGCCAGGCUAGCAGCACCUCAGCUGGGCUCUCCAGGGAGCUCGGGGUGCUCAGCUCCAUCAUGCUCCAGCUCAUGGAGGAACAGGGCCUGUCCAGCACCUUCCACAAGCUUGUGAAAUCCCUGUGCCUGUCAGCAACGAUGGAAGAGGAUGCGGACAAGACAGCUGUUUCUGUAUUCCUGACUUCCGUUUACAUUGGGGACAUGUGGCUAGGAGCACAGGAGCCGGAUAUGUUACUUACCCAUGUCAGAUUGGUCUGCACUAAUGCAGGUUAUGAAUUACAGGAUGACUUGGGAACUCGGAAACAAGGACAGGAAACUAUUAUGUCUCUUUGCAAAAAAAUUUGGCUACAUCAGGGCAUUAAUUUGAGGAACUAACACUAACAUUCUGCACUCUGCCAUCAUCACUGUGAGCCAUGAAAGCCUCCUGAGCUGUUCUCAUACAGACUUAACUUGUUUGGUCAUAAAAACCAGUAUUUUUUUACUGUGUGCAAACUCAGGGGGAAGAUUUUAUUCAACAUCUCUCAGUGGGACAUUAAAGCUCCAAUUCCCUUUUCUUGAACAAUCUGAAACACAGUAUUAUUUCUAUUGUUUUCAUUACAGGCAUUUUUAACUUUUUGAAGAACCAGAAAGUCUGUAUGUGCAUGUGUGUGUCAUUAAUACCCAUCCUCACGCCAAUAUAGGAUGGGAAAAAAAGGAUGCAGAGCUUCCUCCAGUGGGGUGUAAGUGCAAAUAACAAGAGGUUUGGUCAUGACGAUUUACUGUUUCUUGAAGAGCCUGGUUGCAUUCAUCAUACCACAACCAGUAUGAAUAGGAGCCUGAACUUGGAAAUCAUGAUGGUCUUCUUGGGUUUAGUUUAAAAAGCUUUAGUGGCUUUUAAAGACAUUUAUAUCAGACCUGGUUUAUUUUUAUUACCCUUAUUUUUCUAAUGAAAAAAAAUAAAAACACCCUGAUCCAUCACUGCUGCCACGGUGUGCGACAAAGGCCCAUCUUCCCUCCACUUGGAACAGGUGAGAGAUGGGAAUAAACCCCAAAAGAUUUUCUGCUCAUUGAUUUUAGGUGAGUUUUCUUGGGAAUUCCCUGUCAAAUCUGAUACAUUGUUCUCGAAUGUGGCCAAGAGGGUAGGUGAACAUGCAGUGCCAGAAGGAGAGCUUUUGACAUGUAAAUCAGAAUUUUUUCAGUGGACUCACAACUGCAUGCUGUGCCCAGGUCCCUUGCCCAAAUACUGUACAGGGAAAAACCAGAACUGUACAUUCCUUGUGAUAUGUAUUGAAUUUUUG